AUGACCCACAUCUUAUUUACUAUCUCCACCGCAUUCAUGUUAGGACUCUCAGGUUUAACUUUUAACCGCACUCACCUACUUUCAGCCCUCUUAUGCCUUGAAGGAAUAAUAUUAUCCCUAUUCAUUGCCCUAGCAAUAUGAUGUUCCCAAAACGAAACAAUAAUAUUUUCCUCUACCCCCCUCCUACUCCUAGCCCUCUCAGCAUGUGAGGCCGGCCUCGGCCUAAGUUUACUUGUUGCCACUUCCCGUACACACGGGUCUGAUCAUCUUAAAAAUCUUAAUCUCCUACAAUGCUAA